AUGUCUUGCGGUCAUUCUCUGGACGGGAGCUUCCCACCUUCCCCGGCCGAGGACAGCAGGGGCACAAAGCGGUUGUCCUGGGGAAGCUUGCUGCAAACCCUCGCCGAGCUCAAGGGGCUCAAUCACAGGCAGCGCAACCAAAGUGACAUCGAUUCAGUCGCCGACAUGUCCCUGUCCAGUUCUGACAGCAGCCUCUUCUGUUACCCUUCUGAGGAGAUUCUGGCCACAGAGCUGGUAGCCAACAUAGAGGGAGCCCUCCACGGAGCCGCACACCUAUUGGGCUGCUCCCAUCUUUUUAUACCAAACUCCCUGCUGGAUCACGUUGGCUUGGAGCUGGUCCACCUAGCGGUCAGUGAACCGUGUGGUCUGCGGGGAGCACUUAUCAACCUGUGCGUGGACAAGGGCACACCAGGGUCCCUGUGCAGCAUAGAGGAGAUCGCGGUAGACUCUGCCGUGGUGCCCACCUUUCACGUCACUCUGGUACUGAGAGCAGAGUCUGGUGGACUCUGGCCCAAACUCCAAAGGCUUUUUAAAAGCAGCCGAUCAGAGCAGAUGUGUGGGACACCAUCGAGGCAUCAAAACUCUCUAAGACUGAGUUCCAGCUUCAGAGCCAUGAAAAGGAAGUUGUACUGUUCAGGGGAACUGCUCAUUGAAGAAUGCUCCUGA